CCGGUUUCGUGUCAACAAGGAUUUUGUAUAGAGGGUGUCAUAUAAUAGUGUAAUUUCUCAAAAAUAAGGACGUCGAUUUUACUUAAAACAAUACAGAUGUCAUAAGUGAACUCUUGGUCAUCUUGUGCUUUAUUUUAACUUUGCGUCGGGUCGGCAGAGUGGAGUAGACGGCCGAAGUAUGGGGCUUCUUAUGGCCAAAUUGUGGAGUUUCUUCUCAAAUGAGGAGCACAAGGUGAUAAUCGUUGGGUUAGAUAAUGCAGGAAAAACAACAAUACUCUAUCAGUUCCUGAUGAACGAGGUCGUACACACCACUCCAACGAUCGGCAGCAAUGUAGAAGAGGUGGUUUGGAAGAAUAUACAUUUCUUGAUGUGGGAUAUUGGUGGACAAGAAACGCUACGGUCGUCAUGGAAUACUUAUUAUACAAAUGCAGAGUGUGUAAUAGUGGUGAUAGACAGUACAGACCGUGAGAGGUUACCAAUCACAAAACAAGAAUUAUACAAUAUGCUAGCGAACGAGGAUCUCCGAAAAGCAAAGGUGCUGGUAUUUGCCAAUAAGCAGGACUUAAAAGACCGUGCCAUGUCUUCAUCAGAAAUCUCUCAACAGCUCAACUUGACAUCUAUAAAGGAUCACGGGUGGCACAUACAAGCGUGCUGCGCUCUAUCAGGGGCAGGGUUAUAUCAAGGCCUUGAAUGGAUAGCCAACCAGAUAAGAAGGUGACCGGCCUGCAACUCUCAGGUUCAAGACAUUUUAAUGUAAUGUGCAUCGGGUCUGAAGGAGAUAUGGUGCCUGUGGGCGUUGGUCAUCAUAGAGACAUUACUGGUCACCAUAGAGACAAUACUGGUCGCAGAUCGUGUGCAGGAAUCGCCAAGUGUGGUUAUGCAAUGGUGAAAGCGCUCUUUGGACGUAGACACCCAGUUUCCCAGUUGACCGAUGUUAACACUGGAAGAUGUUGGGUUGAAUGGGCAGUCUUUCUGUGUGUGACUCCAAGAAUAUGAAUUUGGACCCUGUUGGGUUGAGCUGACUUUCAGGGAAGCAGUUCACAUUGAUUCAUCCGGCAAAACUAAAAGGAUCACGGUCAGCAGUUACCACCUCUGUGCUGUUGUGGUUUUAGGAUUUGACGUCGAGCUGAAGGUAUUGGUUGUCUCACUACCGCGAGGAUUGAGCUCAAAUGCAAGCCAAAACCAGGGGGGGGGGCAGCUGGGGGUUUGGGUCAAAAUGAGAGCUUCACCAGAGCCAGAGCUGUGUUGAGUGAGACAGCCAGAACCUCCAGUUCAGCAGUCACUUCUAGUCCAACUGGUUGGCCUCAGAAUUGACAGUUUCCCCUUUCGGGUUCUUGCCUGUCUGAAGUUUUCCACAAUACUAGAGCCUCUCAGUCAAAGAAUCUGAUCAAUGGUGUAUAAAGUUGACUGAAUUGUACUGACUCUCUGUAUCAACAGGUUUUAGGUGCCUGCUGUGACAUUUUUUGUACGCAUGUGAAAUUUCUGCAGAUAAUGAAGACAGUCCUCACCAUCAACUAGCAGUUGUUAUUCCUGCAAACUGCAAUAAUCACUGUUGCUAUGUGUGACAAUAAGAUAGAACUGAUGAAGUUUUGAGAAAGUAAAUUACGUUGUUUUUUUUGGCCUUGAGUCUCUCUUUCCUUGUGUAGAAACUUGCAUGUUAUGAAAGUUCCCUGAAUUUAGAAAACCUUCCAUGUUUCAGUAUUUCCUUUUACUCAUUGAAUGCAGUACUCACCAAAUUGACACACUGGACCACAAAAGGGCCAAAUCAGUGGCCCCUGAAGUCACUUACAGUUGUGACUUUAACCUGGAAAGGAAUGAGGGUUCAGCCAUCAUCUCCUGUAAAUAUGGCAGGCAGGUUCAUGUGCCUAUGAGUGUCAUAAUAAUCUGUAAAUAUGGUUUCAAUGCCCUCUCCCCCUUACAGGUUCAGUUUGUAAGAAUAAGUACAAGCACUAGAGCAUGUGCUGAUUUUAGUGCAAUUUUCUAUUCUUUUGUUAAUUAGUCCUUGUAUCUUAUUAUUUAUGUUAUGUUGUGCUGGCGAUGCGUUAUCAGCCUCGGUCUUGAUUCUUUUGUGGGAGAUGGAUAAUGGGCACAAAUACCUGGGAAGGAUAAUCGAUUGUAAAGAUGACACCCGGUACUCACAUCAGUGGUAAUGCCAUGGUAGCCAGAAAGUGAUGGACCAGGACCAGUGUGAUAAAACAAUGUUCCCUUGUUCCGCUGACUUGUAUGUUGGCUGUCCAGGUUGUGUUGGACAGGAAUCUAAAAGUGUCGUCUCUUGUUUCAAAAUUGCACAACUUUGGUUCAGACCUGACCCACCCUGGUGAUUUUCUUCCAAUCAAAAGUUCUGUUGCCAAUCUGACUAGGCUACCUUUGGUUUCUUUAUGCUGGGCAGUUUCUAUCCUGAUCUAGAGUGUCUGCCUUGCUCAUAAUAUCCAGGGUAAGUGCUUUCAGUCGACGUUUAAGUGGAAGUUGGUCGCUCUCAUGUAUUACUAUUCUCCAUGCCUCCUUUGUGACUUAUUGUGUUUUCUAAAAUAAAUAUCGUAGAUGGAA